CCUGGAGUUACUGAAGUACUAUCACAAUGGCGUAAUUUGUUUUGACUCAGUGUCAGAAAGUUGUAGUCGCGUGAGCAGUCUCUUCUUACGUUACUUACGUUACGUUUUCCUUCCCUUAUCAUUUUCUGAAGGAAGUUGAGCUGAGUGUUAUCAUCGAACUCGGAAUUGCUGUCGUCGACGCGUUCGGUGUUGCUCAUCGUCCAAAUUGGCAUAUUUUCUCUCUCCCUUUUUAAAUUUGCCCACCCCAUGGCUUAUUCAUUGAUACGCCGCAUCUUGAAUUCGUUCAGUGAUUGUCUAGUGUGUUAAACGCAGCAUAGCAAUCAUAUGAAAAUGAAGAAAUAUGAGUGUGUCAGCCUUUCGAAGGGUGAAUAGGCAUACUCCUCUUGAGGAAAUUCCCCUUGCUAUGAGUGAUAGAGAUUUUGAAUCUGAAGAAACUGAAUUUUUACUCCCUCCACCAGAUGACCAUGAAUUCCGGAAUCAACAUAGGGGUUAUCUAAGAAAUAGAAGAAUGUCCACCUUUUCUCCCUCGAAAUUAUCUGGGUGUUGUACAUGGUUGUGGCAAAAAUGCCGAAGACGGAAAGAACUUCGAGACCGAACAUUAAUCAUCGGAAAACAGUGCACAGAAAAAUAUCCUGCAAAUGUUAUUAGGAACCAGAAGUAUAAUUUUUUCACAUUUUUACCAUUAGUAUUAUUUCAGCAGUUUAAAUUUUUCCUCAAUCUUUACUUCUUGCUCAUGGCGUUGAGUCAGUUUUUUCCUGAGCUAAAAUUAGGCUAUCUAUAUACAUACUGGGGACCACUGAUUUUUGUGCUACUUGUAACGCUAUGCCGGGAAGCCAUUGAUGAUUUUCGGAGACAUCAAAGAGAUGAAGAGGUAAAUAGUCAAAAAUACCGAAGAUUGAUUCGAGGGAAGGAUGGCAGGGUAGACACAGAGCCUGUGGCAUCAUCCAAGUUGAAAGUUGGAGACUUGAUCCUUGUUGAAAAAGAUCAGAGAGUUCCCGCAGAUUUGGUUCUUUUAAGGACCACUGAAAAAUCCGGUGCAUGUUUUGUUCGAACGGAUCAGCUAGAUGGAGAGACAGAUUGGAAAUUAAGGCUAGCUGUACCGGAAACGCAGAAGUUGGAAUCGGAUGAUCGAUUAUUUGACAUCCACGCCAAACUAUUUGCUGAGAAACCUCAACGUGACAUCCACAGUUUCAUAGGAACCUUCAAAAUGGAUGACUCUGAUAGGAAUGGAGAGGAAAGUUUAGAUGUCGAAAACACCCUGUGGGCAAACUGUGUUGUUGCAUCUGGCUCAGCGCUUGGAGCUGUUGUGUAUACAGGAGCUGAAACUCGCAGUGUAAUGAACAACAGUCAGCCUAGGAGUAAAGUUGGCCAACUUGAUAUUGAAAUCAAUCAGCUGACAAAGGUUUUAUUUGUAGCUGUUGUUGGACUUGCUUUUAUUAUGAUGUGUCUGAAAGGAUUUAGUGGACCCUGGUAUCGUUACAUGUUCCGUUUUGUUCUUCUCUUCUCGUACAUCAUUCCCAUCAGUUUACGAGUGAAUCUAGACAUGGGCAAAUCGUUCUACUCUUGGUCAAUGCAGAGAGAUCCAGAGAUGCCUGAUACAGUUGUACGAUGCACAACCAUUCCUGAAGAACUUGGGCGGAUUUCAUAUUUGUUAAGUGACAAGACUGGUACCCUGACUCAAAACUCAAUGAUUUUCAAACGCUUACAUCUAGGAACUGCAUUUUAUGGUCAAGAUAGUUUUGGUCAGGUGAAGGAGCAGCUGCUCACUGCUUACAAAGCUUUGUUCAGUGUCUCCGAUGCUGGUUCCUCAGGCAGUCGGCAAGCAUCUUCCACUCCUGCACAGUCUAAAAUCCGCCGCUCAGAACAUUCCAGAGUUUAUGAAGCUGUAAAAGCCAUCGCUCUAUGUCACAAUGUUACCCCUGUUUGCGAAACAAAAACAGAGCUGGAAAGUGGAGAGUUGAUUGAAGUGAACUCAAAAUCCAACGAUGAGCAAUGGUCAGAGCGUCCCUCAAACGUUGUCUAUCAAGCUUCAAGUCCAGAUGAAGUUGCACUUGUCAGAUGGUCAGAAGAAGUCGGCUUGGCUGUUGUCAAAAGAGAUUUAGUGUCUCUCACUCUCCGAACUCCGACGAAACACCUGUCAAAAUUUUCAAUUCUUCAGAUGUUCCCUUUUACCUCGGAGACCAAACGCAUGGGUAUCCUUGUUAAGGAUGAAUCUAGUGGAGAGAUAAUUUUCUACUUGAAAGGUGCUGAUAUCGUCAUGAAGAGUAUUGUUCAGUAUACAGAUUGGUUGGAUGAAGAGUGUGAUAACAUGGCAAGGGAAGGCUUUCGAACUUUAGUUGUUGCAAAGAAAACACUCACGGAAGAGCAAUACUUGGAUUUUGAAACCAGGUACAACUCUGCCAGAAUGAGUAUCACAGAACGUGCAAGUCGAGUAGCAGCAGUAGUCGAAAGUUUAGAAAGAGAAAUGGAAUUAUUGUGUGUAACUGGAGUUGAAGACAAGUUGCAGCAUAAUGUACGCCCAACAUUAGAGUUAUUAAGAAAUGCUGGAAUCAAAGUUUGGAUGUUGACCGGUGAUAAAUUAGAAACAGCCACCUGUAUCGCGAAAAGUUCCACCCUAGUCUCAAGAACUCAGGAGUUUUAUAUUUUUUCGCCAGUUCUAACUCGAACUGAUGCUCAUCUUCAGUUGAAUGCAUUUCGCAAGAAACAAGAUUGUGCUCUCGUCAUUUCAGGAGACUCCCUAGAGGUCUGCUUACAAUAUUACCAAACUGAGUUCCUAGAUGUAGCCUGUAGGAGUCCAGCUGUCGUUUGCUGUCGAUGUUCGCCAACGCAGAAAGCCCAAGUUGUUAGUCUAAUCAAACAACAUACUGGGAAACGAACAGCUGCUGUUGGAGACGGGGGAAAUGAUGUCAGCAUGAUCCAAGCUGCAGAUACUGGGAUUGGAAUUGCUGGAAUUGAAGGUAAACAAGCAUCUCUUGCUGCAGAUUUCUCCAUACCUCAGUUUUCUCACCUAGCACGACUCUUAUUAGUUCACGGCCGAAACUCAUACAAGAGAUCCGCAUCACUCUCUCAGUUUGUCAUCCACCGAGGCCUCAUUAUUUCUACAAUGCAGGCAAUUUUCUCUGCAGUUUUUUAUUUCUCCUCCGUUCCAUUGUAUCCAGGAUUCUUAACGAUUGGGUAUGCAACAAUAUACACAAUGUUCCCAGUCUUCUCUCUAGUCUUAGAUAAGGAUGUCUCCGGUAAAAUAGCGUUAACGUAUCCUGAGCUGUAUAAAGAUCUCAGUAAAGGCAGAUCUUUAUCCUUUAAAACUUUCUUCAUGUGGGUUUUAAUCAGUAUAUAUCAAGGUGGAGUAAUCAUGUACGGUGCCCUGGUUUUGUUUGAAGAUGAGUUUAUUCAUAUUGUAGCCAUCAGCUUCACUGCACUGAUUCUCACUGAGUUAAUCAUGGUUGCCUUAACAGUCCGCACAUGGCAUUAUCUGAUUCUACUCGCAGAAUUGUUUAGUUUGGGAAUCUACAUUCUCACACUAGUUGUCUUCAAAGACUUUUUUGAUGCCUCUUUUCUUCAAACACCUGACUUCUUAUGGAAAGUCACUGUCAUCACAUUAGUUAGUUGUUUACCUUUGUACAUUCUCAAAUUCUUGCGGAAAAAAUUCUCCCCUCCGAGCUAUACCAAACUGUCAUAAUACCUCACUAGCUUUUAUUUUGGUCUAAAAUAGUGCAAAAUCAACGACUCCUACUCUCUAUUUUCAUCUCAAAUUUAAUCAUGGCUAAGGGUGUAAUCCUCAUAAGAAUAAGAUUUCUCAGAGAUGCAUUCUCUUUAUGCAAUUUUUUAUCAUAGAGAAAAAAAAAGAGGC